AUGGCGGUGGAGAGACAUCAGUGCAUCUGCGUCGUGGUGCUCCUCAUACACACCGUCACAGGUGCCGGGGAAGGCCCUUCGCCUUCACCACCGCCGUCCUCUUCACCGACAGAGAAGGCAUACCAGAAUGAGCUCACUGUCUCCUUCCCACCAUUGGAUGAUCUGUACAGUAAUACACCAGAGAAGCAUUUCAGUACAGAGAAUAAUACGGUGGUAACGUCACAAACUGGAUCCACCGCACUCCUGCCGUGCGUAAUACGGAAUAUCGGUGAUGGAAUCAUAGAAAGUAAGUAA